CAGCAACGCAUUUGACUAGUUGCUCACUGUCAAGUGAGCAUCAAAAUUCAUUCGGCAGUCAUAAAGAUUGUGUUGCCUAUGAUUCGUCGACGUCCCACCACAAACGAUGCCAAUAGCUACAAGGCAGACGACGACAAGUUGGGAAAGCAAUUGCUGUUCACCACAUCGUCUCAGCAACACUCUACCCAAACGCCCAAACCGAUGGUAUCCAAUCUGGUCGUAUGUAUCAUUGUAAUCGUAUUUGUAGGUGCUGGUGUCGUACAGAACCGUUAUCAGGAAUCGCACAACGACUUUCAUUCGGGUUCAGGAACAGAUAAAACUGUUGCACAAUCUUCGCAACGAAGGAAAACAAGCUUUCUCCAACAGAGCUUGUUGACACCCGAAGAAGACGAAAGGCUCCAAACGGAUGAACGCGGCAAUCGCUAUCAUCUUGUCUUCUCAACGGACUGUAGUCCUUAUCAACACUGGCAGAGCUUUCUGGUUUACUACACUGCACUGAAAGUGCGUCAGCCUGGACAGGUUACUCGGAUCGCCAGUGGUUGCGAUCCAGAGCAGGCCAAAGCUAUGCAACGUUGGUUCGACCAGGACGUGCAAUUUAUGUCAAAGAGGUAUCAUCUGCAAAUGACACCACACUUUUCGGGUGUCAAGAACGAAGCUGGCGAAACCGUCGCCGAUUACAAGUUUUUCAAUAAGCCUUUUGGGUUUUUGUACUGGUUAGAGCACUCACCGCAGCUCCACUACAGCGCAAGCCAUUCCGAAUUUCCGAAAGAUUUUCAGAACGAUAUCGUUAUUUUGAUCGAUCCUGAUAUGGGCUUGUUGAGACCGAUAACAGCUGACUUUUCUGACGAACGUGAAACCGUCGUUUCACCCCGUCGUCGCGAACAUGGAGUCCUGGCCACAAACGUCGGUCCGGGUCAUCCAUUUGCACAGGUCUAUGGCUUUGGGACUCAGUGGGCCCGCCUGGAUCUAGAAAAAAUUGCUGGGGCUGGAAGUCAAGCAAGGAAUAUAUCCAAAGAGGAUGGGCAGCUCUUUUAUCCAGUCGGUCCACCGUACAUUGGCACCAUAUCUGAUAUGCAUAGGAUUGCUUUGAAAUGGACAGCUUUCGUCCCUCGUGUGUAUGAGCAAUACCCACACUUAUUGGCCGAAAUGUUUGCAUUUUGCAUCGCUGCCGCGGAUGAAGAAUUGCCUUUUCAGUUAAUCGAUUCCUUGAUGAUAUCCAAGACGGAUGCGUCCGGCGAAGGUUGGCCGUUGGUCGACAGGAUUCCUCCAGAUGAAGUUUGUGACUUUGCUUCGGAUCUGGAUCCUUCCAAAUACGCAGUGCCUUCGGUGGUGCACUUGUGUCAGCGGUACUGGCUGGGCAAGGAUUGGUUUUUUAGCAAAAGGAAGAUUCCUUCCGAUAUAUACGAUUGUGAAACGCCCCUUUUUGAGGAGCCUCCUUCUGACUUGGGUGUCCUGUACGACUACAAAUGGGCCUGGAACGGGCGAAAACAAAUGGUUACGCCAACAGAAGCCAACCGGGAGGCGUUUCUUCUUUGUUUCUUGUUUCGACUACUCAACGAUGCCGCUACCUUCUACAAGCAAAACACUUGUCCACCGGAUUCGAUCAAUCUCGAAAAAUCGCGCAAUCUUGUAGCCUACUUGAAAGCAAAAAGCAGGCACACCGAGACAAAAUGAUCGAUUGAUGGUGCUGAAUAGUACGACUUUGAGUUUCGAUUGUAGUCCCUUUACUGUGAAUUCAUGGCUCGAGUGCUUUCAACCUUUCCAGCAGAACUUGCAUAACAAGGAGAACAUAAAAGAUAUGAAAUAGUGCUUC